AUGAAGUUCUCCGCUGCUCUUAUCGCCGCCGUCGCCCAAGUGGCUUCCGCUCACUACUUCAUGGACAAGGCCAUUGUCGGUGGAACCGAGACUGCUGCCUUCAAGUACGUUCGCCAGUCGACUCGUGCUACCAAGUACAACCCCAUCAAGUUCUCCUCCAACCCCGCGGCCGACAUCCGCGACAACUCCCACGUUGAUGGUCCCGAUAUCGUCUGCAACCAGGGUGCUUUCUCCUCUGCCGGUAAGACUGAUGUCCUGACCGUCAAGGCCGGUGACGAGAUCCGCCUCAAGCUCGCUGUUGGCGCCAAGUUCCAGCACCCUGGUCCCGAGAUGGUCUACUUGGCCAAGGCCCCCAGCAGCGUCAAGACCUUUGACGGAAAGGAUGGCAACUGGUUCAAGAUCCACGAGCUUGGUGUCUGUGACGGCGGCGACUUCACCUCCACCGCCUGGUGCGAUUACAACAGGGAUUACAUUGCGGCCAAGAUCCCCAAGGAUACUCCCAACGGAGAGUACCUUGCCCGCUUCGAGCACAUUGGUGUUCACCGCUCCCACGUCAACCAGCCUGAGCACUACGUCUCUUGCAUGCAGAUUAAGGUUGAGGGUGGCGGCAACGGUACCCCCGGUCCCACUGUCAAGUUCCCCGGUGCCUACAAGGCCACUGACCCAUACGCCAACUUCAGCAUCUACAACGGCCGCAAGGCUUUCCCCAUGCCCGGUCCUACCGUCUGGAAGGGAGGUGCGGGAAGCGCCAGCGCUGACUCUUCCCCUGCUGCCCCUGCCAACAACGCCCCUGCUGCCACCACUCUCGCCACCCAGGCCGCUCCUGCUGCCACUCCUGCUCCCGCUGCUGGCUGUGCUGCCCAGUGGGCCCAGUGCGGUGGUAUGGGCUUCAAUGGCGCCAAGUGCUGCGCCAAGGGCUCUUGCAAGACCAUGAACCCCUACUACUCUCAGUGCCAGUAA